AUGGAGUCUCUCCUGCUGCCCGUGCUGCUGCUGUUGGCCGUACUGUGGACACAGGCAGCCGCCCUCAUUAACCUCAAGUACUCGGUAGAAGAGGAACAGCGCGCCGGGACGGUAAUCGCCAACGUGGCCAAGGACGCUCGUGAGGCGGGUUUCGCUCUGGAUCCACGGCAGGCCUCUGCCUUUCGUGUGGUGUCCAACUCAGCUCCGCACCUGGUGGAUAUUAACCCCAGUUCGGGCCUGCUUGUCACUAAGCAGAAGAUCGACCGCGACCUGCUGUGCCGCCAGAGCCCCAAGUGCAUCAUAUCGCUUGAGGUCAUGUCCAGCUCAAUGGAGAUAUGUGUGAUUAAGGUGGAGAUCAAGGAUCUGAACGACAAUGCGCCCAGCUUUCCAGCGGCACAAAUUGAGCUGGAGAUCUCAGAGGCGGCUAGUCCGGGCACGCGCAUCCCGCUGGACAGCGCCUAUGACCCGGACUCUGGCAGCUUUGGCGUUCAGACGUAUGAGCUCACGCCUAAUGAGCUGUUUGGCCUGGAGAUCAAGACGCGUGGCGAUGGCUCACGAUUUGCGGAACUUGUAGUGGAGAAGAGUCUGGAUCGAGAGACGCAGUCGCACUACAGCUUUCACAUCACUGCGCUCGACGGCGGCGACCCACCGCACCUGGGCACUGUUGGCCUCAGCAUCAAGGUGACCGAUUCCAAUGACAACAACCCGGUGUUUGGCGAGUCCACCUAUGCAGUGAGCGUGCCAGAGAACUCACCUCCCAGUACACCGGUCAUCCGCCUCAAUGCCAGCGACCCAGACGAAGGCACCAAUGGACAGGUGGUCUACUCCUUCUAUGGCUAUGUCAAUGACCGCACGCGCGAGCUUUUCCAGAUCGAUCCGCACAGUGGCCUGGUCACAGUCACCGGUGCCCUAGACUAUGAAGAGGGCCACGUGUACGAACUGGACGUGCAGGCCAAGGACUUAGGACCCAACUCCAUCCCGGCACACUGCAAGGUGACCGUCAGCGUUCUGGACACCAAUGACAACCCACCGGUCAUCAACCUGCUGUCAGUUAACAGCGAGCUGGUGGAAGUGAGCGAGAGUGCCCCUCCAGGCUACGUGAUUGCGCUGGUGCGGGUGUCUGAUCGGGACUCUGGCCUCAAUGGGCGCGUGCAGUGCCGUUUGCUGGGCAACGUGCCCUUUCGGCUUCAGGAGUAUGAGAGCUUCUCUACUAUCCUGGUGGACGGACGGCUGGACCGUGAGCAGCAUGACCAGUACAACCUCACGAUCCAGGCGCGUGACGGCGGUGUGCCCAUGCUGCAGAGUGCUAAGUCCUUUACAGUUCGAAUAACUGACGAGAAUGACAACCACCCGCACUUCUCCAAGCCCUACUACCAGGUCAUUGUGCAGGAGAACAACACGCCUGGCGCCUACCUGCUUUCUGUGUCUGCCCGAGACCCUGACCUGGGUCUCAAUGGCAGUGUCUCCUACCAGAUCGUGCCAUCGCAGGUGCGGGACAUGCCUGUCUUCACCUAUGUCUCUAUCAACCCCAACUCCGGUGACAUCUACGCGCUUCGAUCCUUCAACCACGAGCAGACCAAGACAUUCGAAUUCAAGGUGCUGGCCAAGGAUGGCGGCCUGCCCUCGCUGCAGAGCAACGCCACCGUUCGGGUCAUCAUCCUCGACGUCAAUGAUAAUACUCCGGUCAUCACGGCCCCACCCCUGAUCAAUGGCACUGCAGAGGUCUACAUCCCCCGCAACUCUGGCAUAGGCUACCUGGUGACCGUCGUCAAAGCAGACGACUACGAUGAGGGCGAGAACGGCCGGGUCACCUACGACAUGACCGAGGGCGACCGUGGCUUCUUUGAAAUAGAUCAGGUCAAUGGAGAAGUCAGAACCACUCGCACCUUUAGUGAGAGCUCAAAGGCUUCUUAUGAGCUUAUUGUGGUGGCCCACGACCAUGGCAAGACGUCUCUCUCCGCCUCUGCACUCCUAUUAAUCUACCUGUCCCCUGCUCUUGAUGCCCAAGAGUCAAUGGGCUCGGUGAACUUGUCCCUCAUUUUCAUUAUCGCCCUGGGCUCCAUUGCGGGCAUCCUCUUUGUCACUAUGAUCUUCGUGGCGAUCAAGUGCAAGCGAGACAACAAAGAGAUCCGGACCUACAACUGCAGAAUCGCUGAGUACUCCUAUGGGCAUCAAAAGAAAUCAAGCAAGAAGAAAAAAAUCAGUAAGAAUGACAUUCGUCUGGUACCCCGGGAUGUGGAGGAGACAGACAAAAUGAAUGUUGUCAGUUGCUCCUCCCUGACCUCUUCCCUCAACUAUUUCGACUACCACCAGCAGACACUGCCCCUGGGCUGCCGCCGCUCUGAGAGUACUUUCCUGAAUGUGGAGAACCAGAAUACCCGCAAUACCAGCACCAACCACAUCUAUCAUCACUCUUUCAACAGCCAAGGUCACCAGCAGCCAGACUUGAUCAUCAAUGGUGUGCCUCUGCCUGAGACUGAAAACUAUUCCUUUGACUCCAACUAUGUGAACAGCCGAGCCCAUUUAAUCAAAAGCAGCUCCACCUUCAAGGACUUAGAGGGCAACAGUCUAAAGGAUAGUGGUCAUGAAGAGAGCGACCAGACUGACAGUGAACAUGAUGUCCAGCGGAGCCUAUACUGUGAUACUGCUGUCAAUGAUGUGCUGAACACCAGUGUGACGUCCAUGGGAUCUCAGAUGCCUGACCAUGAUCAGAAUGAAGGAUUUCAUUGCAGGGAAGAAUGCAGGAUUCUUGGCCACUCUGACAGGUGCUGGAUGCCCCGGAACCCCAUGCCCACCAGGUCCAAGUCCCCUGAGCAUGUGAGGAAUGUCAUAGCUCUGUCCAUUGAAGCUACUGCUGCUGAUGUUGAGGCUUAUGACGACUGCGGCCCCACCAAGCGGACUUUUGCAACCUUUGGAAAAGAUAUCAGUGACCACCCAGCUGAGGAGAGGCCCACCCUGAAAGGCAGAAGAACUGUUGAUGUGACCAUCUGCAGCCCCAAGGUCAACGGCGCUAUUCGGGAGGCGGGCAAUGGUUGUGAGGCUAUUAGCCCUGUUACCUCCCCCCUACACCUCAAGAGCCCUCUGCCCACCAAGCCCUCCAUGUCUUACACCCUGGCGCCCCCGGGCCGUGAUCUGGAGCAGUAUGUCAACAAUGGCCCUUCUCGUCCCUCUGAAGCUGAGCCCCGUGGAGCCGACAGCGAGAAAGUCAUCCAUGAGGUCAACCCCACUCUGAAGGAGGGUCGCGACAAAGAAUCUCCUGGUAUGAAGCGUCUGAAGGAUAUCAUUCUCUAAAGCAGUCUAGGGGAAGAAGAGAGAGAAUCCAUACUGGUUAUUGAAGAAGAAGGAGCUGAUUGUUUUAAUUGCUCACUAAUGGUUGGUUCUUGAGUGGCUGUGAUUUCAGAGCUUUCCCUAAAUGUAUUGUUUAUAAGUGACUAUCAUUCUUUGACAAUCCCUCUUGUUUCAACAAGCAGCAGGGGUGUUCAGUUGGAGCAAAUUAGCUUUGGUUUGAGUUGUUCAUGGGGCCUUGAUGUUGGGGAAACAGAGACAAAUUCAGUUGUGAAAAGUAUUAUGUAUUAAGUGUUUGGAUUUGUAUAUUUUUCUGUCAAAAUCAUAAUAUAAAUUACCAUUGUUUGCGGAGGAUUACAUUUAAAAAAGCAAAAAAAAAAAAAAAAAAAAAAGAAAAGAAAGCUCUGGACAUCUUUAAUAAGCUUGCCACUGUUUUGUAGUGUAGACAAGUUAAUGGUCAUUUAUUGUGUACUAUUCCUUGAUUCAGUGAUGUGAAAUUGAGUCCCCAAAAGGUUGUUUCUGAAGCUUGAGUACUUUCCAGUUACGCUACUUUGCUAUGGA